CAUUAUUUCACACUCUCACGUCUUGAUAUUCACUCACUUCUUACCACAAGAGCUAGACUUGUUAACUCUCUCAUUAUCUCAUUGCUCUUUCUCUCUCUUGAAAUACUAAAUAUUACUCUCUAUUCCUGAAAAGAAUUAAGAACUUUAGUAAAACUUUGCAUCAUUCUUUGGGGUAUUGCUGUAUUGCGGUUGUGGACCGAAAACCUCGGUAGAUACUUCAUUGCUGAUAAAACUUUCUGCAUGAUUGGGUCAAUGUUGUAUGGCUUUAGUCUACUGGUAAGAGCACAACGCGUGGAUCUAUCUGGACAAGUUUACAUACUGAAUUCAGUUGAGCCCAUAGUCAAUACACUCCAUCCGUCUCUGCUUUUAAAACAUCCUCUAUACAAAGCCACUUCAACCUUCCUCCACACACACAAUAUACAUUAUGUUCACCUAAUAGCAAAUCUUUGAAGCAGUCAGGUCUUUAUUAAUAUGGGAAGAGCCAUACCUGAGGCAUCAAAGAGCCCGAUGAAGGCUAUUGAGGGUAGUAUAGUGGAGGAAAACAAGAAGGCUCUUCAUUUCAUUGAAGAGGUCACGACCAACGUUGAUGAGGUCCAAAAGAGAGUUCUUGCUGAAAUCCUCUCUCAAAAUGCCAACGUUGAGUACUUGCAGCGCCAUGAUCUCAAUGGUCAUACUGAUAGAGAGACGUUCAAGAAAGUCAUGCCUGUCAUCACCUACAAAGAUAUUCAGCCUGAUAUCAACCGUAUAGCCAAUGGUGAUAAAUCUCCAAUCUUCUGCUUCCAACCCACCUCUGAAUUCUUGACAAGUUCUGGGACGUCCGGAGGGGAGAGAAAAUUGAUGCCAACAAUUCAAGAAGAGAUUGAGAAGAGAUUUCAUCUUCGUGGCCUUGGGAUGUCUGUGAUAAGCCAAUUCGUUCCAGAUUUGGAAAAGGGCAAAGGAAUGUAUUUCUGGUCCAUAAAGUCUGAAGCCAAGACCCCAGGAGGAUUACCAGCUCGCCCUGUUUUAACAAGUAUGUUCAAGAGUCCUUAUUUCAACAACAACCGUUUUAGCCCCUAUGCAAACUAUACCAGUCCAACUGAAACCAUUCUCUGCCAAGACUCUUACCAGAACAUGUACUCCCAAAUGCUUUGUGGUCUCUACCAACGCAAAGAAGUCCUCAGGGUUGGCUCGCCCUUCGCAUCUGGCUUCAUCCGUGCCAUCCGGUUCCUUGAAAAACACUGGUCUCUACUUUGUAAUGAUAUUCGAACGGGAACUGUUAACGCCCAAAUCACAAAUCUGUCAGUCAGAGAGUCAGUGAUGAAAAUCCUCAAACCUGACCCAGAGUUAGCUGAUUUCAUCGAGGCUGAAUGCAGUAAAGACUCAUGGCAAGGGAUCAUCGCUAGGUUAUGGCCUAACACCAAGUAUGUGGAUGUUAUUGUAACCGGAAGCAUGUCACAGUAUACACCUACCCUUGACUAUUACAGCAACGGCCUCCCUCUUGUCUCUUCCAUAUAUGCUUCCUCAGAGUGCCACUUUGGAGUCAACCUGAACCCCUUUUGUAAGCCCAGCGAAGUCUGUUACACCCUUAUUCCGACCAUGUGCUACUUUGAGUUUGCACCAAUUCACAGAGACAAUGGACUCAUCAAUUCUAUCUCCAAGUCUAAGUCGCUUAAUGAGAAAGAACAGAAUCAAUUGGUCGAUCUGGUUGAUGUCAAGAUUGGCCAGGAGUACGAGCUGGUUGUUACCACAUAUUCAGGACUCUAUAGAUACAGGGUGGGUGAUGUGCUUCGAGUUGCUGGAUACAAGAACAACGCACCUCAAUUCUGCUUCGUAUGUCGGGAAAAUGUAAUCUUGAGCAUUGAUUCCGACAAGACUGAUGAAGCUGAGCUACAAAAUGCAGUGAAAAAUGCAGUGCACAAUCUGAUACCAUUUGAUGCAAAUGUAGUUGAGUACACCAGCUAUGCCGAUACCACCGCCAUUCCAGGCCACUAUGUCCUCUACUGGGAGCUCAGUCUGAAUGGCUCUACACAUAUUCCUCCUUCAGUCUUUGAAGAUUGUUGCCUCACCAUUGAAGAAUCUCUAAAUAGUGUCUACCACCAGGGCCGUGCCUCUGACAAAUCCAUUGGGCCUCUGGAGAUCAGGAUAGUGGAAAUUGGGACUUUUGACAAGCUCAUGGAUUACUUUGUUAGCUUAGGUGCUUCCCCUGACCAAUACAAGACACCCCGAUGCCUGAAAUCUGCACCCCUUGUUGAGCUAUUGAAUUCGAGAGUCAUGUCCAGACACUUCAGUCCCACAUGUCCAAACUGGGUUCCUGGUCACAAGCAAUGGUAUAACAUGAAUUGAACGGCUAGUUUCGUGUUCCAGACCACAAGAAUUAUAAUAACGAAUUAGCUUUUUUUCAUUGAUCUUCCCCAUACACAAGAAUGGUAUAACAUGAAUUGAAUGUCUCUUUGCUUUUGCUAUAGUCACAAAGCUCUUGAAUGAGAAACAUCAUUACUUAAUUUCAUCUAAUUUUUCUUAGAUUUGUUGUUCA